AUGGCUCCCUAUAGAACGGCAUUAACAAUUGUCGUCUUGGCAUUGUUGGCGCCGUUUCUCUAUGACCGAUCGCAAGUCCUGGUAGGAUUCUACAAGAACAAUCCCAUCAGGCUAUCCAAAGUGAAUGCUUUGGGACAGCAAGACAUCAAAUUUGCCGACAAGAUCAGGAGCUGUGAGGAUGCAAUCAUCAUUGAAAGUGCUGGCGUCGCUAUCCUACCGUGCGAUGCUGGUAGAGAGAGAUGGAACACGGUCAUGGGGUUCUUUGUACCUGGCCCGGUUCCUAGAGGAGAGCUCUAUCUGUAUGACUACAAAAAUGCUGCAGCUCCAGACUCCGAGUCUCUGAAGCGCCUUGAAGUCAUCGACUAUGCCCCGGGUGAUGAUUAUCAUUCACUUGGCGUGGCUUUUGACGAGCCCACUUCCACGCUUUUUGUGGCCAACCACCGUCACGAUGGCCCGAGGGUUGAUCUGUUCAAGCUCGAUUUAGCUGCGUUGAAGGCAACACACAUUCGCUCGGUUGCGCAUCCGCUAAUCCACGGACCCAACGCCAUUACCCUCCGCAACAGCAACGAAUUCUUCGUGACCAACGACCACCACUUCACUUGGGCCCAGAGCCGUUUCUUGACGCAGGCGGAGACAUACCUAGCUCUGCCUUUGGGCACAGUCGUGCAUGUGGACAUUUCUGACCCCGAUACCACCAAAGCGACUGUCGUGGCGCGGGUGCCUUUCGCCAACGGCAUCGAAUUGGUGAAUAAGACAACCGUGGCGGUUGCCUCUAGCAGCAAGGCUCAGGUAAACCUUUACAGCAUUGUCGAUGGCGAACAAUCCGGGUCCGCUCCGGCCCUCACUUACAGCUCGGCAAUCAAGCUGCCAUACCACGUUGACAAUCUAUCUCUGACUUCGGACGGGCGGCUGCUGAUGGCAGGUCACCCCCACCUACCAAGUCUCACCAAAUAUGCCGCGUCCCGAUGGAUAUGCAACGACGCGACAGAGCUUGCCAAGGCAGAUGGCACGAUGAAGGAGUAUUGCGCGACCGGACAGGCUGCCUCGGGUGCAUCCGAAUGGACCGAGGCCGGUGGCUUGCGACACCUAUACAUUGACACCGAGUACCCAACUAGUGCUUCGGUCAAUUACGACCCUGACCGCAAAGUAGGAAUCAUUACAGGACUUUACGCAAAAGGAAUACUUGUCUGGAGAGAUUGA